UACGUCACCCAUUAGCCGCAAUCUUCCUUUGAGUCUCUCUUUCUUUCUCCGAUUUCAUGACGCCAUGGAUUCGAAAUCUUCAGCUCCCACUCAUCUCAAAACCUCCGCAAUCCCAACUCAAUCCAAGCCCAAAGACAGAGACUUCCUGAACCAUCUCGAAGCCUACCUUGCGAAGAGAGAGAUGGUGUCGACAAGCUGCUAAAGAUAUCUCGGUACGCCACCAAGAUAAUUUUAGCCUCCUCUGUCCUCCCCGAGACCGUGCCUGCGACUCAGCGCCUCAAGAGUUUCGAAUCCAGUGUUGGAUUAAGUCGCAAAGCCUUUCGACUCGGUAAAUUCGUUCAAGACAUCAAUGCUCUGAGGAACUCGCAUUUCGAUUCCAAGCAGGAGAUUUUUCUCACUAUUAUUGCUUACGGAGGUGAGGGUUUAUACUAUUUUGUUGAACAAUUCAUUUGGUUGGCUAAAUCGGGAUUGUUCGAUGGUAAACACUCGCGUAAUUUACAAAAAAUCAGCGCUUGGGCCGAGUUCAUCGGAUACUUAGGUAGUAUUACCCUUAAAGUUAGGGAUUUGAGGCAGAUUAGCCAAGAGGAGAUGUGCUUGAACGCUAGUAUUGAGAUUGCAAUUUCGAGAGGAAUUGGUUAUCAAGAGGAGGAAACGAGGAUGAAGAAAUUGAGAGAGAAAAAGCUCAUGAAGACACUUUCGACUGUUCAAGAUUUGGCUGAUGGGUUAAUGGCAUUGGCGGAUAUUCGAAACGGCAAAGGAAGUCUUUCGGGGCCGCUGCUGGUGUCCUCUGCCGGACUUCUGUCAGCUAUCAUUAGCACACAUAAAAAUUGGGUCUCCUGCUGAUUUUGGUGCCCCAUUACAAGGUACGAUUGUGAGAAAAAUGGCUGUUUAUCUCGUUUAUUGAUUUGUGAAAUUGGGUUUAUGUGGUGGAAGAAGAAUUAACCAUGCAGUUAUGUGAUAUCUAGCUGGGAAUGCUGACAGUGAUUGAACUCUCAAAAGUGGCAGUAGGAUAAUAUAUAUAGACUCUGAACCCAUGAAAAUUUUGGGUUCUCUUGUUUAAAUUUCAUCACAGCAAUAUAGGCAUCCAGUGUAUCAUAUUGGACUGGGUUCAUUUUUUCCUAUUGAAUUUUAAUACAAUUGAUCCUCAAUC